UUCACGUGGUGCGUCUAAACAUCAUGGCGGCUGGAUUCAAAACCGCAGAGCCUCUUGAAUAUCACAGGAGCUUUUUGAAAGAAAACUGUCGUCCAGAUGGGAGAGAAUUGGGGGAGUUUAGACCCACAACGUUAAACAUUAAUUCUAUAAAUACAGCUAAUGGAUCAGCAAUGGUGAAAAUCGGGAAUACCACAGUAAUCUGCGGAUUAAAAGCUGAAUUGACAAUGCCCCCCUCUGAUGCUCCAAAUGAAGGCUAUAUAGUUCCAAAUAUAGAUCUGCCACCCCUGUGCUCAUCUAGAUUCAGAACCGGUCCACCAGGAGAACAGGCUCAAGCAGCCAGCCAGUUUAUCGCUGAUGUUAUUGAGAGUUCAGAUUUAAUAAAUAUGGAAGAAUUGUGCAUUGAAAAAGCAAAGCUUUGUUGGGUGCUGUACUGUGAUAUGAUGUGUUUGGAUUAUGAUGGGAACUUACUUGACACCUGCAUCAUAGCUCUGCUGGCAGCUUUAAAGAACGCUCAACUCCCUGAAGUCACGAUAAACAAAGAAACAGAUUUAGCAGAAGUUGACAUGAAGAAAAAGAAACAUUUGAAGAUCAACCGGCACCCCGUUGGAGCAUCAUUUGCAGUAUUUGACGAUACCAUCACCAUCGUAGACCCAACAGCAGAAGAGGAAAGCUUGUCUACAGCAUUAUUAACUGUAGUAACAGAUGAAGAGGAUCGCCUGUGUGCAGUCCAUAAACCAGGAGGGACUUCACUAUCUGCUGAGAAACUGCAGCACUGUAUAAAUCGCGCCGUUACAAGAAACAAAGAAAUCAACAAACUCCUGAACAAAGUGAUGGAUAGCAUGAAGACGUCAAAAUAAACACACACACUCUGUCAUUUUUA